AUUCACGCUAGUAACGGUACGGUACCCCUGAACCCGUGGCAAACCCACUCACUCCGUGCGACCCGAACCCACCCCAACCCUUUCAAUUUUAUGCUCUGUAACCAAAUCUACUGAGUUUUGGUGGGAUUCGAACUCCCCACCCCACAUUUGCAGUGUUCAACAUUUUUUCCACAAAUCUGUUCUUUCACUUCGAAAAAAAACGACAUGGGAGAUCUGACGAAGCUAACUGACUGGGUACUGUUCAUCUUCUUCCUCUUGAUCGCGGCGGUGGCGCCCCUGUUUGAUGCCCAGUGUGUUCUUCCACGACACCUUUUCCCGACGUUCGCGGUGGACCUCAAAGCCUGGUACACCCGAGAAUACGGCGACUAUUUGGUUUCCGAAAAGCCCAAUUUCUUUGUGGGACUGAUAUGGCUUGAGCUCCUCUUCGCAUGGCCUCUCUCUGUACUCAGUCUCUACGGGAUCGCCGCCGGUAGAUCUUGGGUCAGCACCACCUGCUUGCUCUAUGGCGCCUCCACUCUCACUUCCAUGGUUGCAAUUCUUGCAGAGCAAACACAGUCCAAGAGAGCAUCAGAUAAGUUGCUGAUGAUGUACUACCCGUUCUUGGGAUUUGCCGUUUUAGCAAUGCUUCGCGGUCUCCUCCAUGUUAGCAAAAGACCCGUUGUUGCCUUAAGCAGGAAAAAGAAGAAGGCUUGAAUCUUUAGCCUCAGAAAACUGAGAAUGAUCAAUUCGCAUCCAUGAAUUGGUACUCUCUCUUUUUAAUGGGCUUGUUUAUGUUUUUAGUCCUGCAGAAAUAAGUUAAUUGUUUUGUUUUUUUCGUACUUCUCGAGUUAUUCUGUUUACUUGCUUCAUUGUGAUUAAGGGGCUGUUUGGCAACUUCUGAAUGGGUAAGUGCUGAACCAGUAAGA